AUGAACGAACCCCCUUCUAUCGUCGACAUAGCUGCCCAUAGAGUCAGCCACUCAUCGAUACGGUCUCACAAAACAAGUGAUCUUCCUAUGCCCGAAAAGAGCCCCAGAACAGGGUUCCAUCAUAUUCAGCCGCUUGUUCCAAGUGCAAUUGGACCAGUUUCAGCGGUCGACGACAACAAAUUUACACCCCGAGAGAACGUUUCUGGCAAGUCCUCAAUAGUACGCAACAGAUCUGCUUCAGAAACUGCCAUUCGAGCCAAAAAUGACUCCAUUCUGGAAACCUCCACCGGCUCCGAGGCGCCUCCAACUCCAACUGUCGGGUCCAUAAGCGACGAAGAAGAGUAUCUGGCCAAAUAUGGCACGAAAACAGCGUCGGGAAACUCCCGGAUCUAUAAUUGCAAACAGUGCAAUCGAGCGUUUACUCGCGAAGAACAUCUCACUCGUCAUACACUUUCUACACAUAACAAACUCAAACCAUUUGUGUGCGGGAUCUGCUCACGCCCGUUCUCUCGACGAGACUUGCUUCUUCGGCACGCCAAGAAUCUCCAUCAGGGAUCGGAGUUGGCAGUGAAUAGAAUUCGCAAGCUGUACAAGCGGUCCAAGAGAGGUGAAGAUAGUGACGAAGAUGACGAAGAUGACGAAGAAACCGAGGAAAAUACUACCGCCACUGAAGACCAGUUCGAAUACAAAAAGACCUCUGUGGAACCCGGUGAAGACGAAGGGCUGGCUUCUUUCGCAUCACCGCUUCCAAUCGAUGCAAAACCUUAUAAUACCCCAGACAAGAAACGGAUGAAGAUGUCCGUGAAUAUGUUGGUAAGUUAA